AACCAAAAAUAUUGUCAUUUAUUUCAAGUGCAUUGCUCGGAGAGACGAGGAAAUUUUCAUUUCAAAUAAUUCAAACUAAAACAGAAUGGAUUUUGUUCAGGAGGCAGUGUUUCUGGGAGUAGAUGUGCUGCUGUUGGGACUGUGUUUAAAAGAAUAUUACUACUUCAAGAAAAUCAGCAAAUCGUUGAAGAAUGCUCCCCAAUUGACGAUUGAUGAGUCGCUGAGAGACAAAUUGAAGCAGAGUGACGGCAAAAUUAGGUACGGUGUUAUCCGUGGGACAGUGACGCCCAUCGGUACGCCUCUUAAGAGUGUAAUGACCCCCUCUGUUACUGGUGUGCUGCAGGUUAUGAAGCUUAAUGAACACAGGGUGGCUCGCGGUUUUGCCGGCUUUUGGGCCGAACAGCGGAAGCUGAUACACAUUUCGUUCAAUGAGGUUCCGUUCUGUCUUACCAAUGGAAAGCUCGGCGUUGAAGUUGUGGACGGUCUGUCUGCCGAGAUUCUAGACAUGGAUACCGUUUAUGAUAACUAUGAACCCUCGAGCUUAUCGCUCUUCGAUCAUAUAUUUGGUUUUUUCUCUGGAGUGCGCCAGAAGGGAAUGCAAACUACGGAGGAAAUUCUCCGGAAUGGGAGUUUCAUUACCGCGGUGGGAGAACUCGAACUGGACGGAAACAGUAUUCGUCUGCAACCUUCUCCCGUUGCGCCAAUGUUUCUUACGACUGCCACAAAAAGUACACUGCUGAAGAAAUUUGAGGAGGCGAAAAAUUCUAUGCUAUUCAAAGUGAUCGUCUGUGGAACGAUCUCGGCGGUGCUCGUUGGAUUGAUUACGAGGAAGAUCUACAAACGCAAGAAAAUGGAAUGGGACGAACAAGCUUUGCGAGAUAAGCUGGAGAAAAGUAGAGCGCAGCGUAGAGCGUUGGCACGUCAGCAGGUUUUCAGUGACGACCAACGAUGUGUGGUUUGCGUGGAUAAUCCAAAGGAAGUAAUAUGUUUGCCCUGCGGACAUGUGUGCCUGUGCGAAAAUUGUGCUGUGAAAAUUAAACUGAACUGCCCUGUUUGCCGGUCUAAGAUAGAAUCCAAAGCUGCUGCAUUUAUCACGUAAACACAUCUUCCAAUGCUUGGCUUAUUGUGUGAGGUAAAUUUUUCCUGCAGGGAAAGUUCGGCAGCAAUCACUGAGUCACCAUUUCUCUGGACCAAUAAAACGCCCCCGGAACUAUCUACUAGUGACGAAAAACAAGGCUCAACUAAAUUCCAUUCAGGAUGGUCUAUUGAUUGCAAUAAACAAAGAAUCGAGAAAUUUUCAACUGUUUGUACAAGUCAGCUUACCUAGUUCUCUUUUGCAAAAACCAACAACCUUCGGAAUUGUUAAAGAAAGUGGUUCCCAGUAUAUCUCUGGGUGAUGAGAUACGAAACUGGUUGCUCUGAAUCAGUAGUGGCCAGGUAUAGACAUGGUGCGGGCCGUAUUACAAUUUUCAU